CGUGAGCCCACGUGCCGGGGGGGUUGAUCACGCCUGCGCCAAGAGUAACAAGAUGGCGGAGAGUGCGGAACUGAAGUUCAACUAGGUGACGCAUGAUCAGAAUCUGAGAGGAAACAGAAUUGACAGCAGUCCUUUAAAGCCUAAGAGAUCCAGGCAAAUGGUAAUGAGCCUUCGUGUUUCGGAGCUCCAAGUACUGCUGGGAUACGCUGGGCGAAACAAACACGGACGUAAACACGAACUCCUUACAAAAGCCCUGCACUUAUUAAAAGCUGGUUGCAGCCCUGCUGUGCAAAUGAAAAUCAAAGAACUCUACAGACGGAGGUUUCCAAACAAAAUGGUGACGCCGGCGGACUUGUCCUCCCUUAGUGUCCACUCGACCAGGGCUUCCCUGUCCUCCGGCCUGUCCACCUCCAGCAUCCCCCAGCUCACAUACGACGGCCACACUGCCACCUCGACGCUGCUUCCUGUGUCGCUACUGGGACCCAAACAUGAACUGGACCUGCCACACCUCACCUCCUCCCUGCACCCUGUCCAUCCUGACGUCAAGCUGCAGAAGCUGUCUUUUUACGACAUGCUGGAUGAACUCAUCAAGCCCACCAGCCUGGCUUCAGAUAAUAGCCAGCGGUUUCAGGAAACAUGUUUUGCUUUUGCGUUGACACCUCAACAAGUUCAGCAGAUAAGCAGCUCAAUGGACAUCUCGGGGACCAAAUGUGACUUCACUGUUCAGGUUCAGCUAAGGUUUUGUUUAUCAGAAACGAGCUGUCCGCAGGAAGACCACUUUCCACCCAAUCUCUGUGUGAAAGUGAAUGGAAAGCCAUGUAACCUUCCUGGCUACCUUCCUCCAACCAAAAAUGGUGUAGAACCAAAGCGACCCAGCCGACCGAUCAAUAUUACUUCGCUGGUGAGAUUGUCCACAACAGUACCAAACACCAUUGUGGUCUCAUGGACAGCUGAAAUUGGAAGGAACUACUCCUUGGCAGUUUACCUUGUGAAACAGCAGUCCUCUGCAGUAUUGUUACAAAGACUAAGGUCGAAAGGCAUAAGGAACCCAGAUCAUUCCAGAGCACUGAUUAAAGAGAAGCUGACGGCUGAUCCAGAUAGUGAAAUUGCCACCACCAGUUUGCGGGUCUCCUUGUUAUGUCCGCUUGGGAAAAUGCGGUUGACGAUUGCAUGUCGUUCUCUGACUUGCUCUCAUCUGCAAUGCUUCGAUGCCACACUGUACAUACAGAUGAAUGAGAAAAAGCCAACAUGGGUGUGUCCUGUUUGUGACAAGAAGGCUCCAUAUGAACAUCUCAUCAUUGAUGGGUUAUUUAUGGAAAUUUUGAAUAGCUGCACAGACUGUGAUGAAAUUCAGUUUAAAGAGGAUGGGUCCUGGGCCCCCAUGCGAUGGAAGAAGGAAGUACAAGAAGUAACAGCUUACAAUGGAGUAGAAGGUGCCUGUCGAGCCACUUUGUCAGAGCAGAGACAGAAUUUGCACAACAGCAUGAAGGUGGAGGUGAUUGACCUGACGCUGGACAGCUCUUCCGAUGACGACGAGGAUGACGAGCCACCAGCCAAGAGGAGCUGCACCUCCCUGUCCCCGGCCUCUCCGGCCAUCAGCAAGGGGGUGUUAAAUCUGCACCAUCAGGUGUCACCAGCCCCCAGGACGCCCAGCAUUCCAACAGUGGACACCAACUACAUCCCUCCUCCUCCUCCACUAAUCCAGGACUACCGUCAUUCUUACCACACAUUGCCAUAUGAACUGCAAGGUCUUGAUUUCUUCUCCUUUUUACAAGGUGACAAUCAGCAUUAUGGCACCACCCUUCUGGCUGCAGCAGCCGCUGCUGCGUCUGCAUCUGAGGACCACGACAUCCUGCACCCGUCUAUCAACCGCUUCCUCCCGUACAGCUCCUCUCAGAUGUUCCUGGAGCAGCCCAGCACACCUGUCAGCAGCGCGCUAGCCCCGGUUAACGGCAGCAGCAGCAGCAGCAGCAGCAGCAGCCUGGUGUCCUCCAGCAGCUUGAGAGACAACCACCUCCACCCCGUAGCAAACCGGAAUGGCACGGAGCCCACGACAUUGUACGGCGCCAUGCCAGACGUCAUUUCAUUGGACUGACUAUCUGGAGUAGAAGGAAGUGAAACUUUGUGGUCCGAUUUGCUUUAAGUUUUAGAGAAUCAAAAUAUAGUUUUUUUUGUUUUUGUUUUUUUUCCUUUUAAAAGAACAACAGCGCCAUGUACAGAGAACAAAAAUAUAUUUUCAGUUUUACUUUUGUAUAUAAACUUAGGACUGCCUGUCCCGUAAGGUAACUUCAGUCGAUUUUUUGGGAUGCUGAAGAUUUUACACCGUACACGUUUUUUGUCCCGUAAUAUAUUAUACUUUUUUUUUGCACAUCAAUGGCAUUAUUUUUUCUUUACCGUGAUAUUGGUUUCUAAGUAUCUAAUUUCUGUUUUAAAUCAUUGUAGGAAUAUUUCUUUACGAAAGCAUUUCGGAUAUCGGUGGUUGGCAAAAAAGUUUUUUUUCAUGCAGAUAAAGGAUAUUAAAAUUUUGAAGUAUCGCUUCACAAAGUAACUGUUUCACAGAGUACCGUAUACAGGGUGUUGCUAAGUUUCACAGUUCUAUUAAAUAUGCCAUUUCUGGUUUAUUUGUACAUAAAGGUUGGCUCAUGGCUUUCUCUUUGAGCUGCCUUGCUUUUCCUUUACACUUUUCUGAGUAGCCUAUACUCUUGAUAAAUUGAAAUAAAUCUAAAUGGAAAAACCUAUAUUUUGUUAAAAUAGCAUUUCAAGAUUUAUUAAGUCAUUUUGUAAAUCUCUAAGUAUGUAGCAUUUCCCAUACUAUUUAUUUAUAAAACACGUUUCCCAAUGGCAAAAAAACACUGACAUGUUUUUGUUAGAAAUUUUCAUAGCAAGUCCGGGUUCUGUUAGCACAGUAUUACUUUUUUUUUUUUUUUUUUUUUUUUUGCGGUCUUAACCUUAAGAUUGGAACCUGUCAGUCAGGAGCUGUCAGUGUUCCCUUUCUUCCCUGCUUGUCAGGCACACAAUUUCAAAAACAAAUUUACUGUGUUUCCUGGGAAAUGAUUUAUUUUAGAGUCCAGUCGAUAUUGUUGAGGCUUUAUUGUUGUUGACAUGCAUCUGAAGUCCCUUUUUCAUUGGCUAGUCAGGGUGCCAGCAUAUCAGUCGCUGAUCUUUACCUCCGAAUCACACAAUCAUAAUCCAGUUCAGUUUCAUUAGUUACUUCUAUGUAGUCAUUCCAUGUUUUUAUGUUGUGUUGCUUUCCUUAUGCUAACCCAUUUAGUUUGCUUCCUGUUCUUUUUGUUUGUUUAUUGGCUGGCCUAAACGUAAAUAAGAUGUAAAUGACUUUGUAGGACCUAUUUUUAAUAUUUAAAUGAUUGUCUUCACACUUGCUUUAUUUCUCAAUAAUAACACGAGUAAUAAUUUAUUUGAGGCAGAACAUACCCUGUUUGACACUUACUGUUAUGUAAAGUUUCUGACUUCUAGGGGAAAAGGAAAUGUCAAAAGAAAUGGAAGACAAUAGUGAGUGGGUUUCCACUGACCCCUUGCUUUACAGAACCCAGAAAAGAGCUGCUGAAAUUCAGGAAUCCUCUUGGCAGACUGUGCAUUAUCGAGGGUAUAGUUCCGAAAUGGAUUUUGGUCCAAACACACAGUAGUAAGUGUCUUGGAUUGGUUGUUCAGUAAAGAAUGUCUCACCAGGUGUCUAGUUUGAUUUUAUAUUUAUUUCAUUGUGAUUUCAAUGUUGUUUCUUUUUUCUGUUCAGCUUGAGGUGUUUCAUCAAGGAAGUUGUUAUAUCCUGGCUCAGUUCUAUAAUUAAACUAUAUAUAUAUAAUAUAUAUAUAAAUAUUGUAUCUCUUGUCCACGUUUGGAAAAGAACAGAAUAAUUGUGCUUCUCUCAGUUGUUGUACUAUUAAAAUAAAAGUUUUGGUUUCUCAUAGCUUACAUAGCGCAAGAAUAGAGGUGCUGAUCGGUGUGUUUGGACUAAAAUCCAUUAUGAAUUAUUCCUGUAAUAGAAAAUAGAAGCGGAAAAAUACAGCUUCCAAAAAGUAGCUCUGUGAAAACUUGCUUCAGUGCUACCACUAAGAAAUAAUUUUUUUUUGGGGGGGGGGGAUAAGUCCGGUCUAAUUUGGGGACACAUCAAUAAUUUGACCUGUUAUGAAACGCCGUAAAGACCAAGCCACAAAACUAAAUUGGGACCAGGUAAGUCUGUAACACACUGCUUUACACACAAUGCACAGUUAUCUUUACCAGAUGCAGCAUUUUUUCUAAAUAUUUAGUAACUGGAAAGUCUGUACUGGUACCCUUUUCAGAAAUAUUUAGAUAAUGUGUUUAAUGUGCUAUGACAUUGUACUGGUGGUCCUGGACAUUCAACUGAUGAAACACUUGAACAUUGUGUUUUAAGAUCAGAUGCAUCAGCCCGUAUUCCUAAUUUUAAAUAUCUGAGACAUGCAUGCCCUGUGUGAAGUGAUGAAAUUGGCUCGAACAGGAUCAUGUUUUGUUUCAAAGGCAUGCUUGUAUUAAUGCUUUUUUAGUUUGUUGUGAGUUUGGUUACAACACAGUAAACCCCUGUGAAUCAUGCAAGCAUCUGAUCAGAAUUACAAUGGAAUACUUCAUGCAUUUGAAAAGUUAAUUUUGGUAGGUUUUUUUAAAUAUACAGUACAUUGCUGCAAACUUGAAAGGGAAAUGUAACUAUAAUACAUGUGUGUGAUGGUAUUCUUGGAACAUCAGAGGUUUGUAAUCUAUAAUUUCCAGUAAUUAGUGUGUUUAUUUCUUUAAGUCGACAAAACCGCGUAGAACUAGUUUAAUAUUUUAAUUAGACAUAUUCCAAUCGCUCCAAAACUAAACCAAUUAGCAGAGCCUCCUGAAAGUCCAUGCUCUGCUAAUAUCUGCAUUCACUGCCUUACAUUUCUUCACAAAUCUUUCUUUAUGGCAUGCCAAACCUGAAACAAUGAAUUUUUAAAGAAAACAAAAAAAUAUGUACAGUAGACCAAUGUCAGUUUGUAUAAAGUACGAAGUGAAAAAUAUUUAUUACAUGCAUUGGAAGAAAUUGUUGAACUAUUCAAUGUUACCUGUUUAUGUAGAGAACUUUAGAUGUAAUAAAACACAUUCAGCUA